AAUUAUAAUUAUGGAGGGGAGGGCACCAUAUUGUUCAUAAUGGUUCAUUUAUGCCAACCAUUUCACUUUUUUUCCUUGGUUUCUCAUUUUUUGCAACUAUUUAAGCUUGACCCUCCCAUUGGCUCUUUAUAGUUGCAAAUUACAUCUCCUACACCAAUUUUUUUUCCUGUAUGUUCUUCCGCAUGUGCUAGCUAGCUUAGUAGCUUGAGCUCCAUCGGUUUUGGUUGAGCUCCUGCUUCAGCUUGCCUCAUGCCAGCAUGCGCAUGGUGCGGUCUGCUGCUCAUGUGUUCUCUUCUUUCCAACAUUUAUCCUACUCGUUGCUCCUUAAGGUACGUACUGGGGCAGCGUGAUGCCCGUGACUCAGCACUUAGGCAGUGAAGGGGAUGGAGCGCAGGUGCAGUACGAGGCGACGCUGGCGUACUCGGGUGCAGUCGCGGGGGUGACGAUCGAGGAACUAGCUGGCCGGACAUCGUCAUGGUCUUCGGUCUCCUACGUGCUCGACCUGGGGUUCGUCCACCCACACCACGCUGCCCAUGCUUGCCUUCUAUGGGAGCGGCGAGCGCCAUGCCUACCUUGCCCCCUGCAGAACAUCAUCGCCACAGCCGCACGGCCACACCUACCACCGCACACUCGUGGCCUCUAUAUAUCGCUCACAGCUUCGCUGACAACAUCGAUCUGCAUCUCAUGUAUGAGUGGAUGUGUGCCAUGCUGCCAUAGCACCAAGGAGGUUUCUGCGACCGCAUUUGAGGAUUUAAAUGAAGCACAUUCUAGAAGGCCAGAACAAGGUAAGGUGGGUGAGUUGGGUCACGUCCCAGGAUCGGAGGACCAGGGACGCGAAGCGUGAGUGGCAGGGCGCCGACGUCGAGGUCUCCAACAGUACGGUAUUGCUCCAAUGAGCAGUUGGGACCUUGGGAGCUGGGGUUAUUGCCGCGAGGAUGGUGCUUCUCUUUGUGUUGACUGUUGACAACGACUAGCCAUCGGAUUUGGAUUCUGGAGGUAGUCUUUAGCAUUUUCAAAUUUUCCGAUUGUACCUAAGUAUCUCUAUGUAAUUGGGAGUGUGCCAACGUCAUAUACAGUUGAGCACUAAACCUAACUUUACACUUAUAUACUUUUUGUUCAAUUGUUAUAUGGCAUUGUAUACAAAUGUUUAAUUAGGAUAUAUAUAUAUAUGGCAUUUAGUAGUGAUCUUUGCGAGUUAAA